AAACGCCAACCAGACAGGUGCAAUGGAAAAAUAAAGACCCGGAUGCAAUAAGAAAAUAACAUCUUCGAUUUACAAGCGGGGGAAAUUCUGGUCAUCUUUUCGUUAAAUUUGCGGUUUAAGAUCAGGAAUUUCAAGCGAGCUUCAUGCCGUAAAUUACAGACUAAAAGGCAAAAAUGUCACCUCUAGAGAGAAGAGACACGAGCAAGCUUGAUGCCCUCGCUUCAAAGAAGGAUAUGCGAGAUCGUGUUGUUUUGAAUGUCGGGGGAAAACUCUUUGAGCCGUACAUAAGUACGCUGAGAAAUAUACCAGAUAUUCCGCUCUCGAGGAUCUUAGAGAACCGAAGCAAACUUGAUUACGAUCCAGAAACGGGGGAAUAUUUUUUCGAUCGACAUCCAGGCGUUUUCGCGCAGGUUUUGAACUAUUUACAAACGGGCAAACUUCACUGUCCUCGAAACAUUUGCGGUCCAUUAUUCGAGCAAGAGCUCGCUUACUGGGGCUUAGAUGAGCAACAAAUGGAAUCAUGUUGUUGGCCAAAUUACACGAAACACAGGGACGCUCAAGAAAACUUGCAGGCCUUAGAUUUUAGGCCAAAAUAUGAAAACUCGGCGGAUGAGAGGCCUCGAGAUCGGUUUUACAAUCAUCCCAAUUCGUCGUGGUGGCAAAGAAACCAGCCGAUUGUUUGGGAAAUUCUGGAUGAUCCGUAUUCGUCCUCGACGGCUAAGGUAUUUGCCUGGGUCUCUCUGGGGUUCAUAGUCACCUCCAUCUUCACUAUUUGCCUGUGGACCGUCGAAUACUUCAAGGGAGUCAGAGAAGUGCCCGUCACGCGCAAUGUUACACACGGAGCUAACAACUAUACAACGAAAACGACAACGGAGCUUGAGGGCUCCCGGACCCCGAUGGACGCGCUGACGAUCAUAGACUCGGUGUGUACAGGUUGGUUCACUUUGGAAUUCCUGUUGCGCUUGGUUUUCUGUCCCAGUAAGUUCCAAUUUGCCAAGAAGCUGCAAAACUGGAUUGACCUGCUGGUAAUAAUCCCACUAUACCUGCUUCUCGUGUUCGAGCGCACAACACUGAUUGAAGUCCUGAACACAACGCGGGUGGUGCGCAUCUUCAGGUUCUUCAAGCUCUUGUACGACCUCCAGAUUCUCGGCAAGACAGUCAAGGCUAGCCGUCAUCAACUGGGCCUUCUCCUCCUCAUUCUCCUCAUUCCUGUCAUCAUCUUUUCCAGCCUCACUUUGUACGCCGAGAAGAGCUGGGGCACGGCUAAAUCCAAAUCGUUGUUCCACAGCCUGCCUAAUGCUGCCUGGUGGGGUGUCAUCACCAUGACAACGGUAGGAUACGGUGACAUUGUGCCGGAAUCAUUUGCAGGCAAGGUCAUUGGUGGUAUCGCUUCCAUUUGCGGCAUUAUCAUCCUCUCUACGUCCGCCUCCGUGAUUGGCAGUACCUUUUCCCUAUACUACAACCUCGCGCAAGCGCAACUGAAGAUUCCCAGGAAGCAACGAAACUUUGAAGUUGACUGCCAGAGCUUGCCAACUGUGUUGGCCUGCAGAACCAGUCAAACUGAUUCUAUGGUGAUUUCCAACAACUCAGACAGUGGCUACCAGCGUUCACCUAAUCGCCUUCAGAUCUGUGAUCGAAACAGCUUUGUGUUUGAUUCUAAAGCCAUUCCGUCACCCAGGUCUCCAUGUGUGUGUCAAGUCUCCCAGGACCCUCCGAUACCUUUGAAGCAAGUUUCGUCACCGCGUCCAUCUUUACCCCUGACGAGGAAGGCGAGUAUCAGACGGGAUAGCAUCCUUGUAUGAGGAGAUGAAAUGUUCGUUGCAGAAUUAAGUAGGACACGGAGAUAUCCGAAACUUAGCAAAGAAAGACAACAGCUGCGGUCGUCGAGAAAUCACGGUACAAUUUAGAUAAGAGGCAAACCCGUGUACAGUACUAAGAAAUAACGAUGCCAUUUGAUGGUAAACAUGGUAAACAACGAAUUCUUAUCCUGAUAUUUUAAGAUUAAAAUAAAGGUAUGAAAUUUAGUAAGGAUAAUCAACAUUUGCUCACGUCAUACAGAUUGAUAUAUGGACAGAAUGUUCAUGUAUCAUUAGCGACAGUUUUCACAUCAAAAGCUGUAAAAAGUGUUUAUACGAUUGUACACGGAAUAGUAAGCAAAACUAUACAAGUCGAAAGUACAUUAGAAGCUACUUUCCGAGUGUGUAAAUAUUAUAGAAACAUGGUGUUUAACUGACUCAGAUAACUAAUUAAAGGAUGAUAAUAAAAAUCAUAUCAGUAUACUUGGUGCGACUAGAGACACUAACACGUAUUCCCGUACAGCAGGUCGGGGUUACUGGCUUUGCAGUGGCGAAUCCAGACCUUAAACUAAGGUGGAUGUGGCGGUUUUGUUUUGCGUGCCCUGCCGGCUUUUCUUCCUUCUGUGAUUUUUUCGUUUUUCUCCCAAAAUAAGGCGGGAUCGGGCCCCCCCGGGCCUCUCCCCUAGAUCCGCCACUGCUUUGUUCCCGCUUGAAAUGAGAAAUACAAAAUACAAAAUACGUCAGUGUCACUAAAAUCUUCUCAGCCGCUGAUAAAUUGAAAUUAAAUCGGUUUACGAAUUCAGUAUUCCUUGGUCGUCGUAAAUUCGUUAUACAGAUAAACGAGUUUACAACUUGACACGGCUGUUAAAAAAGAAAAUUCUUACCAGGAGUGGGGUUCGAACCCACGCGGACAACACGUCCAUUGGAUCUUAAGUCCAACGCCUUAACCACUCGGCCAUCCUGGUAAUGGAUGGGUUCACAACCGAAAACGAAAGAGAUAUCAAAAUGCCGAUUCAUAUAUCAGUAAUAAAUUCGCUUGAACAAAGAUUAAACAAAAAAAACACGUGUUACACUGAAGUAACUCGAGCCUUGCGAAACUUGUUAUUGAUUUUCAACACCAGUUUCCAGUUUUACAAAUCAAGAGUUCAGAAAUCAAAAGUUCAAUUUAGUUCGAUUGUCCAGUCAUUUUGUGUGAGUUCGAUUUGAUUACCGAACUCAAUCGAACUCAAUUCGUGGAUUGAGUUCGAUUUAGUGCGAUUGAGUUCGAUUGAAAUACAAUUCAAUUGGGUUUCGAUUGGCUAUGCCGGGUAUUCAAAAACACGCAACUUUUUAGUUAUCACCUAGCCUGGAAAGUGUCGGAGAUUAAGUAAAAUUUGAAUCUACAUGAGCUAUUAAAAACAAGCACACAGAUUAUAUCAAAUGUGACCAGGAUGGCCGAGUGGUUAAGGCGUUGGACUUAAGUUCCAAUGGACGUGUUGUCCGCGUGGGUUCGAACCCCACUCCUGGUAUUUUUUUU